AAAAAGGCGAGAAAAAUCAUCUGUGUGAAUAAUAAUAAUGAGAAUUUUGCUCAAUAACUUAAAUAAAGGCUUUAAUAGAUAUAAGCACACACUUCCUAAUUUACCUUAUGACUUUAAUGCCUUGGAGCCAACUAUUUCAUCAGAAAUAAUGAAGCUACAUUAUGAAAAACAUCAUGCUGCAUAUGUUAAUAAUUUGAAUAUUGCUGAAGAAAAAUAUGAAGAUGCAAAAUCAAAAAAGGAUUUAUCAGCUAUGAUAGCCUUAACACCUGUUAUAAAGUUUAAUGGUGGUGGACAUAUAAAUCAUUCAAUAUUUUGGAAAAAUUUAUCUCCAAAUGAUGGCGGAGAACCUAAAGGAAAAUUACUAGAAGCCAUUAAGCAUGAUUUUGGAACAUUUGAUAAUUUAAAACAGCAUAUGAGCACUGCUGCAGUAGGAAUUAUGGGAUCAGGUUGGGCAUGGUUAGGUUUUAAUCCUAUAAAUCAUCAUUUACAAAUUGCUACUUGUCGUAAUCAGGAUCCACUUCAAGCCACAUUAGGCCUGAAACCACUUUUAGGAAUUGAUGUAUGGGAACAUGCUUAUUAUUUACAAUACAAAAAUGUAAGGCCUGAUUAUGUUAAGGCAAUAUGGAACAAAAUUAAUUGGAAAUUUGUUAAUGAUCAAUAUGAAUUAUCUUUAAAACAGAAAUGAAAAUCUUAUUUAAACAAUAUAACCAUUCAGAUUAAAUUUUAUAUGGUUCUUUUGUUCAUUAAAUUGCGUUUUUGCGAGAAUUGUUUAAAAAAGUGCUAUUUUAUUUUUUAACUAUAUUAUUUAUACUAUUAAUAGACGUUUAAAUAUUGAUUAAAAUUCUUAUAAUGUGAUAUUUACACUGAGUUAGUAUUCAUUUUAUUUAUGUUUCAAAUGAACUUACAUUAUGUUACAAUCAUUAAAUUUUACAUAAAAAUCCCCAUAAAAUAAAAAAUGAUUAAUACAA